AUGAAGGCAGCGGAAAGGAACGCGCACGUGAGUAAUCGGAGGCCUCCCUUACUGGUGGCGAAAAGGAAGGGAGCGACCACCACUAGCCAUGCAAGGCAGAUCAGACAAAAAGAACCAUCCCCAGAUGAACGAAAGGAAGCACUAAGGAUCAACAUUAAAAGAGUCACCCCUGAGUACAUCACCGACAGGGCGGCAAAGUAUAAAGACCCCCCAAUCGUGCUCCAUAAAAGUGACGGGAAGAAAGACAAAGCUGUAAAUGGAAAGAAGAAGGAUAAAGGAAUGCACAGUACUGGAUCCACCCACCCCAGUAGCAGUCAAAGAAAGAUCAACACCGGGGUGGAAAAGUCACACGUGAAGCCUUCCUCCCCCCAUUUGGGUGAAAGUCACCGGAGUGAAGAAUCACGCACAAUAGCAGCAACGGGUAUAGCCCCAGUUGGGGAGACCCCCUCGAGUAGAAAAAAGACGACCCACUUGGGGAAAAUCAAAAAUUCAAAAAGGUACACAGAUUUUAACAAGGGAAAGAAUAUAACCGACGAAAAGGAGGGAAUCAAAAAUGUGGGGAUUUCAUGCGAAAGGAGAUCGAGCUGCCACGGGAACAGUAAGUCUCCCAAGUUGGCACCACUGACAGAGCAAGGUUCACAAAGUACACCCAGUCCAACCAUGUUGAGCUCACAAAAAAUCUACUCACACAACGAUAUUCACAUCAUUAACCUUUGCAAAGAGGACCAAAUGAAUAGAAAGGAAAAAGUGAAAAAGCUCAGAAAUAAAAUUCUAAAAAUGUAUAGUGAGUUAUUUUUACACCAUUUUCGGAGGAGCCAAAAGUUGAUAAAGUCAAGUGGGAACGAAAAUUUAAAUGUUUGUCUGAACAGAGAGAGUGUGCAUAGCUUCCUUCGACUGUCUUACAAAUAUGGGGACUAUGAAUACUGCGUGGGUUGCGUAAUGGUGUUGCUGCUCGAUCGGCUAACCAACUCAGAGGUGGAGUUGAAUCCGGGGGAAAGGGACGAUUUGGAAAACGCCGUGCGGGCGUAUAACUAUCACACGUUGUUGGCCUACCGGGGCACCUUCAAGGCGUACCACAAGUGUAACCUGAAGAACGGCGCCAACAGCGGUUGCAACAGUGAUCAUGUGAAGGAUGUGCACAAUGUGAAGGAUGGGGAUGACCCUCCUGUGAAAAGAACCCUCCAAAACGCGAAAAGAAAAAGCAUCUGUAGAAGCAUCCGGGCUAUUAUAAAGGACAAGUUUCUACUCAACUGCGAAGCCAUAAUAAACGUGGUGAACUGUAUCCUCUGCACGAUUAGUGAGGAGAAGGAAAAAAUAUACUACACGCACCUCAACGCAAACCAGUACAAGACCAUUUCUGAUAUCACCGAGACGGGGGUGAAAUAUAAAUAUGAGCAGCUAGCUAGAGAGACUUAUCAGAAGGCAUUCCAAUUAGCACAGAUACACUUAGUACCAACGGAUAUACAUUUUUUGCAGCUAGCUAGUCGCUAUAUUUCCUUCCUUUAUUUUAAGGUGGGGCAAGAACAGUUGGCCUUAAAAAUCUGCACUGGCGUGUUUGAUCGAACGGCCGAUGAGCUGGACAAUUUGCAGGACGAGGGGGAGGCGGAUAGGUGCCUCCAGAUUCUGAGCAGGAUGCGUUACAAUAUAAAGCGCUGGUCGAGGAAGCUCCACGGGAACAGCAUCCUCUUCCUGGACUUCUAA